AAGUCCACCCCUAACAGUGACGUGAUAAGAUGAGAUAACAUUUGAUGAGAGCUGACGUUUGAUGAGCAUUCUGAGCAUUCGCAAGGGUGCAGUGAUAAUACUUGAUAAGAAAAGAUUAGGGCCUGCUUUGUUUUCGCUGGUACACAAACAUGCCUGUCUAUUUGUCUGUCAAGCUCCCUGUCUAUGUGUCUAUCCGUCUAGCUCUCUGUCUCAGAGCGAGCCACAAGACUGCAUCGUCAUCACGUUGACUCAUCUUCAAGCAGAGUACAGCACUUUUUCUGACAACGAAAUGGAUGGUGACGAUGCUAUAAAAACUCCCAUAGAGGAGGUCAGUGGUGGAUGGUUGCACCAGCUAGUUGUGUAUGCUGCCAGAAAUCCAUGGGAGUUUUGCUGGUACCUUCUACUCUGUCUUUCACCCAUGUUCUUCAUCUCAGCUAUACUCUCCUGGAAAUUGGCUAAAGCACUUGAGGCUCAAGAAAAGGCAUUUUUAAAGAGAAGAACGUACAGUAGUGUGUUCGUGCGAAACAACGUGGCAGCUUCCACCCAGCCAGAUGGCAGUGAAAUGAAGAUGGACCAUAUACUAAGAUAAGAAUCGUAGAGACAAGAGGAAAGCCAAUAUAAGCAAGGUGAAGCGAGGGAAAGCAAACUGAUGGCCAGUGAGUAGCAAGAACAUAUUCUCUCUCUGGCUGACUGUCACAAAAGCAACUUUCAACUGUGAUUUGAGUCAUAUAGUUUAUAGCCUGUGUAGGAUGCUUGACUUCUAGCAUAGCAUUCGUAUUAUGCUGAAGCAUUGUCCAUCAUUUAUUGUUUGAUGAUAAUUUUUUAUUUAACUUCUUAAUAUGUUUAUAUUACAGAAUAUUUAUGUAUUACAUUUCUGUAUCAGAAUUUAAUGUUCAGAUGUAAUUCCUUCUUUAUAAUCGAUUAUGCAGGUAGCUACCAAAUACACUUGGAGUUCCAGAAAUAUAUACACUACACACACACACACACACACACACACACACACACACACACACACACACACACACACACACACACACACACACACACACACACACACACACA